CUGUUCUGAGCUCUGUGAUUGGACAGAGCUCCCCCUGUUGGCUUGCUCCGAGCUCUGUGAUUGGUCCGAUUAGACUAUAUAAGCAGGUGGUGUGACAAUGCUCAGCGCUGGAUCUGUAGGAUCUCCACAAUGAAGCUCUCCUUCCUGACCGCUCUGUGUCUUUCCAUCAGCCUUUAUGGCAGCUCCCCCGGUAAUGCCUCUAUCUCGGACUCGGAGAUGCAGUCCCUCUCGGAGAGGCUCCUCUCUCUGGAUGUGAACAAGGCUUGCCCCGGAGACCUGAUCCUUAACCCGCAGAGCCUCAUCCCUGAUUCUGAGACCGGCAGCCCGCAGGACCGUUCCCCACAGCCGUUGUACAGUUUUGUCAAUGAAGGUGUUCUCUUCACCAAGCCCACCUUCUCCUCCUUCCUCAAGCUGCUGGAUAACUAUUCUCGCUUCACGGGCAGCGCAGAGAACUUCUCCUCCGAGCAGCAGGGGGAGCAGGACAGCUUCCUGAGGGCCGCUGUGAUGGGCACUGCGCUGGGCAAGGAGCUCUACAACUUCCUGUUCACCAAGGGGUACUACAGCUCUGAGGUGGAGUUCAUUCAGGAUCUCAAGAUGAUGUGGUUUGGUCUGUACUCCCGCGGGAAUGGGAAGCUUGACUCCAGCGGCUUUGAACACGUCUUCUCAGGAGAGAUUAAGAAUAGCAAGGUUUCUGGGUUCCACAACUGGAUUCGGUUCUACCUGCUGGAGAAACAGGGGCUUCUCAACUACUACAGCCACAGCUUCGACGGGCCGUGGACCAGUUAUCCAGACGUGCUGGGGCUGCAGUUUAACUGGGACGGCUACUACAAGCAGGUGGGCUCGGCGUUCAUCGGGAGCAGCCCUGAGUUUGACCUGGCCGUGUACUCUCUGUGCUUCAUCGCUCGACCCGGCAAGGC